AUGCAAGAGGUCAAACAAGUUGAUGAAGUGACCAUUGCUAAGGCAGCUGCUGCAAAUGACGAACAAAAAGUAUUAUGUGCUUCUUAUUUGAAGAAGAAAUCAACUUUAGGGUCAAAACCUUUGAGCAAAAAUAGUGCUAGUUCAAUUAAAAAGACAACCUCUAAUGGUGAUAACAAUGAGAACAGUAAUUAUCAGCACCAUCAUUCAUGGUGGCCCAAACAUAGCGACACCAACUAUUGGUGUGUUUUGAGGAAGAAUCAAUUUAGUUAUUACAAGACAAGAGAUGAGAGAGAAGCAGUUAAUGUGAUACCAAAGUCUCAAAUACUUGGUUUUAGAUUACUCAAGGAUUCUAGAAAGAUGUUGAUAUACACCAAGGAUAAAAUACUAAGAUUUAAGAUGUCUGGUCCUGAACUUAUAAAACAUUGGGAAACUGCAUUCAAUCAAUUCCUAGAAGUGGAAAGAAACAAGACAAUUGAGGAUACUGAUUCAUCAAACAUUAACAAUAUCACAGAGACCCAUGUAGAUGAUGAGGACGAAGAAGAUGAUGAUUUUGACAUAUUAGAUGGUCCUAAGCAUUCAAGUGUGCAAGAUAAUGAUGUCAUCAAGGAAAACAAUAAAAAUAUCAGAAAUAUUGAACCUUCUAAUGCUAAUCCAGAUAAACAAUUUUAUGAAACUUAUGAUCCAAGAAAUCCAGAACAUAUAAUUCUCAAAGGGGUUAUAUAUGCAUAUGUAAAGACAAGAUUCAAUAGAACUAAAUGGAAAAAAGUGGAUGGUGUGCUAUCUAAUCGUUCCUUUGAUAUAUAUUCUGUCAAGUCAUCAAGGCUUAAAAGUCACAUAGGUUUGGAUACAGUGAUUGAUUGUGUAGAGAUGGAAAAUCCAACUUUAGAUACAAUGUUUGCUCUAGUCACUGAGCAAAGAAGAUUGAAAUUUAGAGCAUUUAAUGAUCAAGAAAUGGUAGACUGGAUAAUUCAUUUCAAAAGUUGUGUGUUAGUGCGACAAAAGAUAAAGUCUCAUGUUAAAACAUGA